AUGAGGUCUUCCACAUCAAGCUUUGUUAUCAUUGUUGUUGUUUCUCUCGCUAUCGCCAUUGUAAAUGGCAAUUCCGAAGGGGAUGCGCUUAAUGCAUUCAAGGCCUCAGUGAUGGAUCCAAAUAAUGUGCUUCAGAGUUGGGAUCCAACUUUGGUUAAUCCUUGUACCUGGUUUCAUGUCACUUGCAAUAUUGAAAACAGUGUAACAAGAGUGGAUCUUGGAAAUGCGGGACUUUCUGGGACUCUUGUGCCUCAACUCGGAUUAUUGCCCAAUCUUCAGUAUUUGGAAUUGUUUGGUAACCAUUUGUCUGGAAGAAUUCCAGCAGAGUUGGGAAACCUCACAAGACUGGUUAGCUUGGAUCUUUACAGCAAUCAAUUAACUGGUUUAAUCCCGGCAGAAUUGGGGAACUUGCGGUUAUUGAGAUUUUUGCGGCUGAACAAUAACAAGUUAUCUGGAAAUUUGCCGGACUCCAUUAUCCUGCUCAUCAAUCAUGGCCAGUUACAAAUAUUAAAUGUGGCGGAUAAUAAAUUGGCAGGAACAGUGCGGGCGACUAACAAAACAGGGUUUACUAUUACCACAAUUAUUCAAGAUCCUAAAGCUCCGAAAGCCUAG